UUUGUUUAUCGACAUUGUGCUGGGCUGGUUCAGAUACAAUGUUCGCAAAGUUGGAAUAUAUAUUUUCAAAGAAACUUCCUGCUGCAGCUGAUAUCACCAAGAUCAAGGACACCGAUCAAUCCAUUGACAAAACGACCAUCAACCCAGGCCUCCGUGCCUCCAGUGGAAUCUCCUUUUUUCAAGGAAACUCCUCCAUUCCCCGGAACGUGACGGGAUUCAAUUUCAUCUUUAGCCCUCGCGAUCGAAGGGACAGUUGUGAUUCCCAGACCAACUUAACCGAUUCUAGAGGCGGAGCCCAGUCACUUACUCCUCAUAAUGAGCGAUUGUUUCGGAAAAGCUCGCUAAACCAGAAGCAACCUGAGGCGGUACAAAAUUCAGUGGUUCGGCUCUCAGAUGCAACAGGCCCACAGCGCCAUCGAUGCGCGCGAUCCGUGCUUCUCUACAUGGUAUACCAAACUGGAAAAAUAACACUAACUCACAGGAAGCUGAGGCAAAUGAAACUCAUUGGGACUAUCAAACCUCUGCCGAACAAGAAUCCAGAAAUGUCGUUUCAUAUUUGUCAACGGAAGACACGUAUCAACCGCACACGCAAAUUGCAUGCUAUCUUCAGCAGAAACUCUCAUCUGGCUCACCCAACUUGCCCACCUGCCCCAUUCGGGCACACCGAAUAUGAAACCACUCGAUAUCAAAAAUUUAUGACUCUUGCCUCAUUCAACAUUGUAAUAUAGGUCUUAAAAAAUUUAAAUUAAGAAUUCCUAGAUGAGUUUGUUGGAAACGGCUCAAACUAUUAAGUAUGCUGAAUAAGUCCUUUUUUCACCUUUCUUUCUUUUUUAAAUUUCUAAACCAAGAGGUUGUAGGAGAUAGCUGCUUCUAAAUCUAAAAUGAUAUCUGCUAGUCUACAAGUGAAACAAAAAUGUAAUGUAGAUAAUAGUUCAGGCGUUCAUUCUAAUGAAUCUUUUUCUUUGAUAGUGAAUAUA